GCGCGCGCACCCGCCCGCUCCGAAUCCACGGGCUGAAUGAUGCUCGCGGUGCGUGUCCGUGGCAGCGCUCCCCCGGCAGCAGCAGCAGCAGCAUGUCCACAGUGAUGAGUGGCUUAUUGAAUAUGGCGAGUCUCGCGGAUUUCGAGCCGCUCGCAGCGGUGAUUCCCGCCACGAAAGUUGAGAUCACCGUGUCGUGCAGAAACCUCUUGGACAGAGACACCUUCUCAAAAUCUGAUCCAAUUUGUGUGCUGUACACUCAGACUGUGGCUAACAGGGAGUGGAGGGAGUUUGGCAGGACAGAAGUCAUUGAUAACACGCUGAAUCCAGACUUUGUGCACAAAUUCAUCCUCGAUUACUUCUUCGAAGAGAGACAAAAUUUACGCUUUGACCUGUAUGACCUCGACUCAAAGAGUGAAAACCUGUCCAAACAUGACUUCCUGGGCCAGAUGUGCUGUACUCUCGGAGAGGUGGUGGGCUCUCAGGGUAGUCGUAUGGAAAGAUCGCUUGUAGGCAUUCCUGGCAAAAACUGUGGAACUAUUAUUGUGAAAGCUGAAGAACUUGGAAAUUGCAGGGAGUCAGUAUUGAUGCAGUUUUGUGGCAACAAACUGGACAAGAAAGAUUUCUUUGGAAAGUCAGACCCUUUCUUGGUCUUUUACCGUAGCAAUAAAGAUGGAACGUUUACCAUCUGUCAUAAGACGGAGGUGGUGAAAAACACGCUGGACCCUGUAUGGCAAGCCUUCAAGAUCCCAGUCAGAGCUCUGUGUAACGGGGACUAUGACAGAGCAAUAAAAAUCGAAGUGUAUGACUGGGACAGAGAUGGAGGUCAUGACUACAUCGGCGAGUUCAGCACCAGCUACAGGGAGCUCUCUAAAGGCCACUCUCAGUUUACUGUAUGGGAGGUGCUGAACCCCAAGAAAAAGAAAAAAAAGAAGAAAUAUCUAAAUUCAGGAACCGUCACUCUGCUGUCCUGCUUCAUCGAUGUCGAGGUUACAUUUCUGGACUACAUCAAAGGAGGCACUCAAAUUAACUUCACAGUGGCCAUUGAUUUUACUGCGUCAAACGGCAACCCUUCCCAGCCUACCUCUCUACACUACAUGAGCCCGUAUCAUCUGAAUGCGUAUGCACUGGCCCUCAGAGCCGUGGGGGAGAUUAUUCAGGACUAUGACAGUGAUAAGCUGUUCCCUGCACUGGGCUUUGGUGCAAAACUGCCACCCGAUGGCCGCAUAUCUCAUGAAUUCCCCCUGAACGGGAACCCAGAAAACCCAUACUGCAGUGGGAUAGAGGGCGUUCUAGAGGCGUAUUAUCAGAGUCUGAAGUCUGUUCGUCUCUAUGGACCAACAUAUUUCUCACCUGUUAUUAAUCAUGUAGCAAGAUAUGCUUCAUUAGUAAAGGAUGGCUCCGAAUACUUCAUCCUCCUCAUCAUCUCUGAUGGGGUCAUCUCAGACAUGGCUCAGACGAAAGAAUCCAUCGUAAACGCCUCGAGUCUUCCCAUGUCAAUUAUCAUCGUUGGGGUCGGGCCAGCUGAGUUUGAUGAGAUGAUUGAACUAGAUGGCGAUGAGGUCAGGAUAUCAUCCAGGGGUCGCUUUGCGGAGAGAGACAUCGUGCAGUUCGUUCCUUUCCGAGACUACAUCGAUCGCCGCGGGAAUCACAUCCUCAGCAUGGCCCGUCUGGCCAAAGACGUUCUUGCGGAAAUCCCCGAUCAGUUCCUCCAGUACAUGAGGAGCAGAGGCAUCAAAGCUCAGCACCCGUCCAAACCCCCAGCGACACUCGUCCACCCCGUCCAGCCGCUGCAGACGCAGAUCUGAGCCAUCCGUCGUCCUCUCGUCGGUUCACUGUCACUCUCAGGAUCACACAUGGCCUGUCUGAGCGAAACGCUGCCCUUCUGCAUGCUGUGCUUCAGUGUGUAGGGUGACGUCGGGCGCGCUAAGGUUUCAGAAGGUGUUUCAGACACUUUUAAAGUAUCGAGUGGCCUCUUCAGUCAGUCAAGCAUCAGAAAUAUGACUUCACAGUCUCUCGUACUAUCAUCUCCUGUUCUCAUGUCUGACGAACUUCUGCAUACGUUUACAAUUGUACCGUUUUCUACUAAUUGAUCUGAGCUGCUUAACAAUGAAAUUGACUCAUUUUAUUACAUGGCGUUGUAAAUAGAGCGAGUGUGAUUUUAGAAGAAGCAUGAAUCCACCCUUGGUAGCAACGUUAGAGAAACUUUCAUGCUGUUGUGCGAGGUUUUCAAAUUAUUUUACUAUUUCAGUAUUUCAUAUACAGAACUUGGUCAUUUGACUGCCUCAAACUGUAAUGAAUUUGUGCUUAGCUUUAGCGGCAUUAGCACAGCACUGAAGUUUAAAAGCCUUACUCUCAGUUAAAGGAACAGUUCACCCGAAAUGAAAUCUCUGUCAUUAUUUACUCAUCCUCAAAACACGUAUGAUUCAGAUUUAUAAACUAUCAUUAUUACCUGUUUUGACAGUGAUCUUCAAUUCUAAAUUUAAUUAAAUGAUGUAUUACACAAAUAUAAAACUGACGACUUGGCAACACUGUUACCAUUUAUGUUCCUUGAAUGGAAAAGAGCAGCAUUAACUUUGUGCUAAAGAUUCUUUUUCCUGCGUGAUAUUCAUUUUUGGGUGAACCGUUCCUUUUAAGACCGAACUGUAGCUGCUCUCAAUAUCUAUAUCCAAGCACAGAAAUGGAUACACAAGUAGCCUCAUACACAAGUAGCAUAUGCUUUCAAGCAUGCACCACCCACACAAACAGCGUGUUUUGUUUGCUUUGUAAUCAAUAGUCUGCAUGCAGAAAAAAAGGUGUUUUAUUUGGAAAAGGUGUGCAAAAUGUACAGAUCGGUAUGUUUAAGAACAUAAAAACAUGGUUAAUAAUAAAAACUGUCUAAAACGAGAACUGCUAGGUCCUCACCCUCCACGCCAUCCAAGAUGAAGAUGAGUUAGUUUCUUCAUCAGAUUUGAAUAAUUGUACACUUGCUCAACAGUGGAUGCUCUGCAGUGAAUGGGUGCCGUCAGAAUGAGAGUCCAAACAUCUGAUAAAAACAUGACA